AUGAUAUUGGUUAACAAGCCACUUCUUUAUCUUUUUUUCCAGAUACAAUCAUUUUAUUCUCACAUUGUUACGUCAUUAUUUUUGCACCAACCUAAUAUUUUUCUCCAUUCCUUAUUCUUUUUCCUUAUCCUGUUUUUCUCUUUUCUUCUCAUUUUCUUUCAUGAUCUUUCAUCCUUGCCUAUCUUUUCUUUUGUACCUUUUGUCUUCCGUUGUCUUUUUUCUUUUUUUUCUCUUCCUCUCCCACUUUCUUCCUUUCUCUUCCCCUUCUUUUUUCUUAGUUUUGUCCUCCCCUUCACUUAUUUUUUUUUUUUUUCUUUUUCCUUUUUCUUCCUAAAUAUCUUUUUCUUCUUUUCUCUUCUUGCCCUUUUUUACCUUUUUUUCUUAUUUUUUCCCCUUCCUUCUUUUCUUCCUUCAAAUCAUUUUCUUGCUCAUCUUUCUUUUACUUUCCCUUCACAUUCUUUCUUUUUUGUCUUCCCCUUUUCUUCUUAUUUUCUAUCUUCUUCUUUUCUUUUUUUUCUUUUUCUUCUUCCUCCUCCUUCCUUUUCCUUCUUCUUCUUCCUUUCUUUCUUUUUCUUGCUCAUCUUUCUUUUUACGCUCUUCCUUCUUUUUCCUCUCUUCUUCCUUUUAUUCUUUUUCCUUCCCAUUUGUCUUCUUCUUUCUUUUCUUUCUUUCUUUCUUUUCUUUGUUCCUUUUUUACUUCUUUUUUGUUCCCAAUUUCUUUUUUUCUUUUUUUCCAUUUUCUACCUAUCAUUUUCUUUUCUUCUUCUUCUUCUUCUUCUUCUUCUUUCUUCUUCUUUCUUUCUUUUUUUUUUUCUCUUUUAUUUCUUCUUUUUUCUUUCCCUUUUUUUUCUUUCUUUUUUCUCUUCCCUAUUUUAUUUUCUUCUUCUUUUUUCUUUUUCCGUUGCUUUUUUCCCCAUUUUCCUCCUUUUUCCUUUCCCCCUUUUCUUUUUUCUUCUUUUUUCCACUCCUAUCAUUUUCUUCUUCUUCUUCUUCUUCUUCUUCUUCUUCUUCUUCUUCUUCUUCUUUCUUCUUCUUUCCUUUUUUUGCUUUUCUCUUUUCCCCAUUUUAUUUUCUUCUUUUUUCUCUUCCUUCUUCUUCUUGCUUUUCCUCUUUUUCUUCCUUUUCCCUUCCCCCUUUUCUUUUUUCUUCUAUUUUCCACUCCUAUCAUUUUCUUCUUCUUCUUCUUCUUUUUUUUCUUUCUUUCUUUCUUUUGUUCUUUUUCUCUUCCCCAUUUUAUUUCCUUCUUUUUUUCUCUUCCCGUUGCUUUUUCCUCUUUUUCUUCCUUUUCCCUUCCCCCUUUUCAUCCUAUACACCAUCUCAUUUUCUUCUUUCUGUCCAUCUCAUUUUCCUCUCUUUCUCUUCCCUUCCGUUUCCUUCCUCUUCUCUUUCUUUUCACUUUUGUUCUUUGGCCCUAUCCUUUUCUUCCUUUUUUUCUCUUCUCAUUGUCUUCAUUCCUUUUUUCCCUCUCAUCUUUUUUCUUUUUCUUCCUCUUCUACUCCCUUCUCAUAUUCUUCCUUUCCUUCCUUUUUCCCAUCUCAAUUUCGUUUCCUUUCCUUCUCUAAUAUUUUUUGUGUUUCUUUUCCAUUCUCUUUUUCUUUUUCUCCCUUUGCUUCCUUUUCCCCCUCCUUCAUUCAUCGCAUUUUUUCCUUCUUUUUUUUCUUUUACUGCCGUCCAUUGCUUAUAGAUUUACCUUUGAUGUUCCGUUUGAAUUGCAAUUCCUACUGA